AUGCCUGUCCUUGGGGUUGCCUCAAAACUGAGACAGCCAGCUGUUGGGUCAAAGCCUGUUCACGCUGCUCUUCCGAUACCAAAUCUUGGCAUCAGUGUGUCACAGCGCUGUUCUUCAAGAUCUUUGGAAUUUGCUACAACGGAGGAGUGUUCAAUGCUUUCGUGCCAGCUCACAUUAAAAUCAACCUGUGAGUUUGGAGAGAAGAAAGCCCUGCAGGGAACAGCCAAGGAGAUCGAAGACAGCAAGAUUUACACUGACUGGGCCAACCACUACCUGGCAAAAUCUGGCCACAAGCGGCUGAUCAAAGAUUUGCAGCAGGACAUUGCGGACGGGGUCCUUCUGGCCGACAUCAUUCAGAUCAUUGCAAAUGAGAAAGUCGAAGAUAUCAAUGGAUGUCCGAGAAGUCAGUCUCAGAUGAUUGAAAAUGUCGAUGUCUGCCUUAGUUUUCUAGCAGCCCGAGGAGUAAACGUGCAAGGUCUAUCUGCUGAAGAAAUAAGAAAUGGAAACCUAAAAGCCAUCCUAGGGCUCUUUUUCAGCUUGUCUCGCUACAAGCAGCAGCAGCAUCAUCAACAGCAGUAUUACCAGUCUUUGGUGGAGCUUCAGCAGAGAGUGACUCAUACUGCUCCUCAGUCGGAAGCCAGCCAGGCCAAACCCCAGCAAGAUAUGCAGUCCAGUCUGACAGCCAGAUAUGCAGCUCAGUCUAAACACAGUGGAAUUGCAACCAGUCAGAAAAAGCCUACUAGGCUUCCCGGGCCCUCUAGGGUGCCAGCUGCGAGCAGCAGCAACAAGGCUCAGGGCGCCUCCAAUCUAAACAGGAGAAGUCAGAGCUUUAACAGCAUUGACAAAAACAAGCCUCCAAAUUAUGCAAAUGGAAAUGAAAAAGAUUCCCCCAAAGGACCCCAACCAUCUUCAGGUAUAAAUGGAAACACACAACCUCCCAGUACUUCCGGGCAACCCCCAGCCUCGGCCAUCCCUUCCCCAAGCACCAGCAAGCCCUGGCGCAGUAAGUCCAUGAAUGUUAAGCACAGUGCCACCUCCACCAUGCUGACAGUGAAGCAGCCAAGCCCAGCCACGUCUCCCACACCAUCUUCAGACAGACUGAAGCCUCCUGUCACAGAAGGGGUCAAAAGUGCUCCUUCGGGACAGAAAUCUAUGCUUGAAAAAUUCAAGCUGGUUAAUGCCCGGACAGCAUUACGCCCCCCUCAGGCUCCCAGUUCCGGACCUAAUGAUGGUGGGAAAGAAGACGAUGCCUUUUCGGAAUCAGGAGAAAUGGAAGGUUUUAACAGUGGUCUGAACAGCGGUGGCUCAACAAACAGCAGUCCCAAAGUGUCACCUAAAUUAACCCCUCCAAAAGCAGGAAGCAAAAAUUUCAGCAAUAAAAAGUCUUUGCUGCAGCCAAAAGACAAGGAGGAAAAGAACAGGGACAAGAAUAAAGCCUGUGCUGAGAAGCCGGGCAAAGACGAGAAGGAUCAGGUGACGGAGGCAGCACCGAAAAAGACCUCUAAAAUCGCAAGCUUGAUCCCAAAGGGCAGCAAGACCGCAGCAGCCAAGAAAGAAAGCUUAAUUCCAUCGUCCAGUGGAAUUCCAAAGCCAGGCUCAAAGGUGCCCACGCCAAAGCAAACCAUCUCACCCGGCAGUGCAGCAAGCAAAGAGUCUGAGAAAUUCAGGACUAGCAAGGGAAGCUCUUCUCAGGCCUUCCCAAAGGGCAUCACUACAGAGAAAGCAAGCACGCCCAGCCUCUCUGCUCCUUUGGAGGGGAGGGAAGCUGGCCACGCAUCUCCCUCCAGUUCCUGUGUUAUGCAGGGAGCACACAGCAGUGGACAGAGCCCAGGCAAUGGGGCCGUCCAGCUCCCUCAGCAGCAGCAACAUAGUCAUCCUAACACUGCCACGGUGGCUCCGUUCAUUUACAGAGCACAUUCAGAAAAUGAAGGCACCUCUUUACCACCUGCUGACUCCUGUACCAGCCCCACAAAGAUGGAUUCUUCCUACAGUAAGACAGCUAAGCAAUGCCUAGAAGAGAUAUCUGGUGAAGACCCUGAAGCCCGGAGAAUGCGCACAGUCAAGAACAUAGCAGAUCUGAGGCAGAACUUGGAAGAGACAAUGUCCAGUCUCCGAGGGACCCAGAUAAGCCACAGCACCCUGGAGACAACCUUUGAUACGACUGUGACAACCGAAGUGAAUGGAAGAGCCAUCCCUAACCUGACAAGCCGACCUACCCCCAUGACCUGGAGAUUGGGUCAGGCAUGUCCUCGUCUACAGGCCGGAGAUGCUCCCUCCAUGGGUGCUGGAUAUUCUCGAAGCAGUGCCAGCCGAUUCAUCCACACAGAUCCCUCCAGGUUUAUGUAUACAACGCCCCUCCGCAGAGCUGCUGUCUCGCGUCUGGGAAAUAUGUCACAAAUAGAUAUGAGCGAGAAAGCAAGCAGUGACCUGGAUGUGUCUUCUGAAGUAGAUGUUGGUGGAUACAUGAGUGAUGGUGAUAUCCUUGGGAAGAGUCUAAGAGCAGAUGAUAUCAACAGUGGGUACAUGACAGAUGGUGGGCUCAACCUGUAUACUAGAAGUCUUAACCGAGUACCAGACACAGCAUCUUCCAGGGAUGUCAUACAGAGAGGAGUUCACGAUGUGACAGUGGAUGCAGACAG